AUGGCGGUCUGUUCCCAUGUUCGAUCUAACAGCUUCCCUUCAAGGCAACACCCUCAAGCCGCUCAUGUCAAUGAGCAAUUGACCCGAUUGAGAUCUUAUGAGGCACCUUCCUCAUCUUCAAGCUCUUCUAUUUGCCAAAGAAUUAGCAACCUUCAAGAUUUACAUGAUUCUCUUGACAAGAUGAUUCGCCUAUCUAUCACCAACAAAGCUUUAUCUCAAGAGGAAAUUGAGAAGCUUCUUGAUGGAUCCCUCAAGAUCUUAGAUUUAUGCAAUAUUGCCAAGGACACUUUAUCGCAGAUGAAAGAGGGUCUCAUGGAGAUCCAAUCGAUUCUACGAAGAAAGCGUGGAGAUCUAUCUAGCGAAGUAAAGAAAUACUUAGCCUCAAGAAAGUUCCUCAAGAAAUCAUUCCAAAAAGUUCUCAAGAGUUUGAAAGUGUGCCAAAACAAAGAUGAAUCAUUCGUUGUGUUUGGAGAAGCAGAAUCCCUUCAUGUCCGGGUCAAAGGCUUGUGCCAAACGGUCUUUGGUCUCAAAGCUAAUGAGCCAUAA